GUCCUGAGCAUGAAUAACCAACUGGUGACUGUGCGGCACCAGGCGGUGAAUCGGAAGAAGGACAAUCGCUUUGCGGUCUCCCUGGACUCGGAGCAGAACAACAUCCACGUGAAGGACAUUGUGAAGGUCAUCGAAGGGUCUCAUUCGGGCCGCGAGGGGGAGAUUCGGCACCUCUUCCGGGGCUUCGCCUUCCUGCAUUGCAAGAAGCUGGUGGAGAACGGAGGGAUGUUUGUCUGCAAGACGAAGCAUUUGAUUCUGGCGGGGGGGUCCAAGCCCCGGGAUGUCACCAACGUCACGGCCGGUGGCUUCGUGCCCAUGAGCCCACGGAUGAACAGCCCUAUGCACCCCAGCUCUGGAGGGCCACGGGGCGGCUUUGGAGGGGGUGGAAUGAACCGAGGCCGUGGGCGCAGGGAUAACGACCUCAUUGGACAGACGGUGCGGAUUUCCCGAGGGUCUUACAAAGGCUACAUCGGGAUGGUCAAGGAUGCCACGGAAUCCACCGCCAGGGUAGAGCUGCACUCCACGUGCCAAACCAUCUCAGUGGACCGGGAGCAUCUGACGAUCGUAGAUUCCAAAAAGCCGUCCGGCAUGCCCUCUGGCUACGGACGGACCCCCAUGUACGGCUCCCAGACGCCAAUGUAUGGCUCGGGCUCCCGCACGCCCAUGUACGGGACCCAGCACGACGGAAACCGGACGCCGCACUACGGCUCCCAAACACCCUUACAUGAUGGCAGCCGGACACCCGCCCAGAGCGGUGCCUGGGAUCCCAACACCCCUUCGAGGCCGGAGGAAGAGUUUGACUACGGUUUCGACGACGAGCCCACGCCUUCUCCCCAGGGCUACGGGGCGACCCCCAACCCCCAGACUCCAGGCUAUCCAGACCCUUCGUCCCCGCAGGUUAACCCUCCGUACAACCCUCAGACGCCUGGAACCCCCGCCAUGUAUAACACAGACCAGUUCUCUCCGUACGCCGUCCCGUCUCCUCAGGGGUCCUACCAACCGAGUCCCAGCCCUCAAAGUUUCCACCAAGUGGCACCGAGUCCUGUGGGCUACCAGAACACCCACUCCCCCGCCAGCUACCACCCGACUCCUUCACCAAUGUCUUACCAGCCAAGUCGCUCUGAGUUUUCUCCUGCCUUGCAGGUCAAAGUCCUCUUGGGAGAAGACCGCGAAGCGACGGGGAUGCUGCUGAGCAUUGACGGGGAAGACGGCAUCGUCCGCAUGAACCCAGAAGAGCAGCUCCGAAUCCUCAACUUGCGUUUCCUGGGCAAACUCGUAGAAGCUUAAAGGCAGGGCAGAGAGAACACGAGUGGGGUGUGAUAAGGGGGUGGGGGGCUUGGUCGCGUUUUCUUCUUCCCUCUUUUUUUCACUUAGCCGGUUGCCUCCUGCCUGCACUGCCAAGGCUUUGUACAGAUUUGCUCCUGAGGAAAGUUUAUAUUUUUUUUGGGGGGGGGGGGGUGCGUUGCACAAGUUUCUUCCUGCCGCUUCUUUUUCCCAAGCGCUGCGGGUGAGGGACAACCUAGCAAUUGUGUCAUGAAGAAGAGCUGCCGCCGGUGGAGCACCGUGCCCUCCAUUCCCCCCCUCUUCCGUAGCACUUUAUGGCCUCUUCAGCACCGAAACAUCCAACCUGUAGCUUGUUUUAAUAAAAUCAUCUCAUAAAAA